AUGGAAGGCAAUUUUGAAUUACAUUUGGAACGGAAAGAAAGUCUGAAUAAGCAAACACUUAAAAAGAGAAAUAAGGGGAAGCGGCCUGCAGAGCCGGACAAGGAGCUGGCGUUGCAGUUGGAAGAGCCCUGUCCGCUCCCAGGCUCCACUCCUAGCCACAGUGAUGACAGUGACUCUGGCCUCUCUGACAGUGAGGAAAGUGUAUUCUCUGGCCUGGAAGAUUCUGGCAGUGAGAGCAGUGAGGAUGGAGCCAACUGUGAUGAGGACCACAAUGGGCCAGGGGUGACUGCUGAGGAGCAGCUACAGACUGGCUCCUCUCCCGCGAGGACAGAGAUGGUGGCAAGCACCCAGGACAAGGAUGAGUAUGUGGAGGGCAGCUCUGAUGAGGAGGACAUCCAGAACACGGUGGGCAACGUGCCCCUGGAGUGGUACACAGAAUUCCCCCAUGUGGGCUAUGACCUGGAUGGCCGGCGAAUCUACAAGCCGCUGUGUACCCGGGAUGAGCUGGACCAGUUUCUGGACAAGAUGGAUGACCCUGACUACUGGGGGCGCCACAAGAUGCAUGUGCCUGCCCCCAAGUUGGCCCUGCCUGGUCAUGCCGAGUCCUACAACCCCCCUCCCGAGUACUUGCUCAGUGAAGAGGAGCGCCUGGCCUGGGAGCAGCAGGAGCCCUGGGACAGAAAGCUGCCCUUCCUGCUUCGCAAGUUCCCCAGCCUGUGCAUAGUGCCUGCCUAGGACCGCUUCAUACAGGAGCGCUUUGAGCGCUGUCUCGACCUCUACCUGUGUCCCCGACAGCGGAAGAUACGGGUCAACGUGGACCCAGCAGACCUCAUCCCCAAACUGCCCCGGCCACGGGACCUGCAGCCCUUCCCCACGUGCCGAGCCUUGGUCUACAGGGGUCACAGUGACCUGGUCCGCUGCCUCAGUGUCUCCCCAGGGGGCCAGUGGCUGGCUUCAGGCUCAGAUGAUGGCUCGGUGCGCCUCUGGGAGGUGGCUACCGCCCGCUGCAUGAGAACCGUGCCUGUGGGGGCUGUGGUGAAAAGUGUCGCCUGGAAUCCCAACCCUUCUGUCUGCCUGGUGGCUGCGGCCAUAGAGGAUGCUGUGCUGCUGCUGAAUCCAGCCCUGGGGGACCGGCUGAUGGUCAGCAGCACUGACCAGCUGCUGAGUGCCUUCAGCUUGCCUGAGGAGUCAGCCCAGCAGCCUGCCCAAUGGCUGGAGGCCUCAGAGGAGGAGCGGCAGAGUGGCCUGUAGCUGCAAAUCAAACACAUCAAGUCGGUGAAACAAGUGGCCUGGCAUGGGUGUGGCAACUACUUGGCCAUGGUGCUGGCAGCCCCAGGGCACACGCAGGUGCUGAUCUACCAGGACAGCCGGCGUCGCAGCCAGAGCCCCUUCCGCCGUAGCCACGGGCACGUACAGUGCGUGGCCUUCCACCCGACCCGGCCCUUCCUGCUGGUGGCUUCUCAGCGCAGUGUCCGCCUCUACCACCUGCUGCGACAGGAGCUCACCAAGAAGCUGAUGCCCAAUUGCAAGUGGGUGUCCAGUCUCGCUGUACACCCUGCAGGUGACAACAUCAUCUGUGGUAGCUAUGACAGCAAGUUGAUCUGGUUUGACCUGGAUCUCUCCACUCGGCCCUACAAAGUGCUGAGAAAUCACAAGGCAGCUCUGCGGGCUGUGGCCUUUCACCCCCGGUACCCACUCUUUGCCUCUGGCUCUGAUGACGGUAGCGUGAUUGUCUGUCAUGGCAUGGUAUACAAUGACUUGCUGCAGAACCCGCUGCUGGUGCCGGUGAAGGUGCUCAAAGGUCACGUGCUGAACCGGGGCCUGGGGGUGCUGGAUGUGGCCUUCCACCCCACCCAGCCCUGGCUCUUCUCCUCAGGGGCUGAUUGCACAGUCCGUCUCUUCACCUAG